AUGGUUUUCAACGAUUCAAAGUGUGAUCCAGGCGUAGCAACAGACGCACUUUUAGAUUUGAUAUACCGAAAACCACAGAUACUGAUGGUUAUGGGAGGCGCAUGCUCAGAGGUAACAGAAACUUUGGCAGAGCUGUCCCCAUAUUGGAAUUUGAUUUUAGUUUCCUAUGCAUCAACCUCACCAGCCUUAAGUGAAAGGGAGAGAUACAAAACUUUCUUUAGACUGGCGUCAACUGAUUCGUCCAACAAUCCAGCAAGAGAAUUAUUUAUUCAGCAUUUUAAAUGGGAUACUGUAGCUACCAUAUAUGAAAAUAAGGAAAUGUUCUAUCUUGCUAUUGAUGGACUUGCAAAAACAUUAGAGAAAAACAAAAUAACAAUUAAGAGAUCAGUGUCAUUCAAUACAAAAGAAACUGAGAUAUCAUCAAAAAUCCUCGAACUUCAGCGAGCCGAUAUUCGAGUCAUAAUUGCAGGUUUUUCUGAAGUUGCAGCUAGGAAGGUUUUCUGUCAGGCGUAUAAGCAUGGUAUGUUUGGUGCCCGAUUUGUAUGGAUAUUGAUCAAAGAAACCGUUGAAAGGUGGUGGGAAGCCUCAAACGAUACAGAAUGUACAGUAGCCGAGUUACAGAAAGCGACCGAGGGAUAUUUUAUUGUAACAAGCUUGAAUACAUUUAAUAAUAACCAAAUGUCUGUUUCAAAUAUUACGGCAGAAAAGUUUCUGGUAGAUUACAAGAGUAUAAAUGGUACAGUACCUCUCAGUCCAUAUGCUACCAGUGCGUAUAUAAAGCUUUCAAGUCCUAAACUGAAUAAUCUGGCUGUUUUUGGAUGUAUUUUGGUGUAUACUGGGAUUUUACUAUUAGGUCUUGAUGACAACCGCCUGCAACAGAAAAAUUAUCCAGUUUUCUGCACGAUGCGUUCAUUCAUGUUUGCAGCCGGGUUUUCAUUAGCAUUUGGAUCAAUGUUUACAAAAACCUAUCGCGUACAUCAGAUAUUUACAAGGGCACACAGCGGAUUGAUUAAAAGUAAACCAUCACCAGAAGAUCCAGAUAUUCUGUACAUAUAUCAGUCAUCGUGCUGUCAGUCAGUUCAUAUGGAUAAAUGGUUGGGAUCGUUUUAUGCAUUUAAAGGACUGUUAUUGAUAUUUGGUGUAUAUAUGGCAUGGGAGACCCGGAACGUAAAGAUUCCAGCACUGAACGACUCCCAGUAUAUCGGAAUGAAUGUUUAUAAUGUUGUUACAAUGACAAUUACAGUGGUGGUUAUGUCAAACAUACUGUCAAAGUCACCAACUCUAUCCUACAUCGUGGAGUCGACAAUUUUACUGGUAUCAACAACUGUUACACUAUGUCUUUUAUUUGUUCCAAAGGUACGGACAAUCUUAAUUCAAAUUUGUCAUUCACCAGUGAUAGCUUCUUCGGGUAUUCUAGUAGAAGAUAAAACCAGACGAUUUAUUGUUAAUGACAAAAGAGAAAUAUAUUACAGAGCAGAAGUCCAGAACAGAGUUUAUAAGAGAGAAAUCAUUGAAGUAAGCGGAAAAUUUCAAUUUGUAAUGGCAUUUCGUAAUUUAUCUGCAUUUAAUGGUUUGAUAGAAACGACAUUUUUUCUUGAAUUAACAUCACUAGAAACUAUUAAUGUUCUAAGCUAA